AACAUUCUGAAACAGCGAGGACAAAGGAAAGGACCGCUACGCUCCCUAAAAUAGUCAUGGAAAGUGUACAACCACCUGUGGGGUAUUCGGAUUUUGUCAGAGGCAAUUGCCAUGCACUUAACCAUCACAAUGAUUAGUGGGCCUUUAACAUUUGUUUGAUGCGAACUGAGCUCGGCAAAUCAACUUCAAUGUCCCUUCGCACUCUGUAGCCUGACCUUUUGGCUCGGGCUUGACCGGUGCCAGCCAUGGCCUUCCGUUUGACCUAUCGGCGGCAAUGCCAUCUCCAUCUUCCAAGAGUUCUUGGCUUUGUCGAUACUCUUCGCCAACAUCGAUGUGCUCCCAAGUGGUCUUCUGCCGCAUCUCAUGGAGCCCCUCGGCUUCCGGGCAGGCGGCACGGCCCGAGACCCGAGGCUACAACACCAAGUCCAACAAGCAGCGGGUGGUGAAGACUCCGGGCGGCCGGGCCGUGUUUCAGGUGGUGAAGAAGAAGGCGAAAGGCCCCAUUUGCGGUGACUGCGGCAAGGCCUUGAUCGGCCUCCCUCGCUUGCGGCCCAUCGAGUACGCUCGACUGAAGAAACGUGAGAAGCGUGUGAACCGCGCGUACGGUGGCUCCCGUUGCGCUGGCUGUGUGCGCUCACGCAUUGUGAGGGCCUUCUUGAUUGAGGAGCAGAAGUGUGUGAAGCAGGUCAUUGCGGAGAAGAUAUCCCAGCAGAAGAUGGCCACCGAGGGUGGCAAGAAACCGAAGAAGAAAUGAAUAGAUUUGAAAGGUGCUUUGGGAGAUCAGGCGGUUUGACAACGGCGCAAAGGCAUGCGAAGGCUGUGGCUAGAGGAUGUACAAAAAGGGCCGACACCUGAGAGCUGGGUCGGGUGAUCCUUGUCGUUUGGGGGUGUGAGAUGUCAUUUACAUCCGCUUACUAUGAAGUCACAUAUCGUCACGUGACGCGGAC